AUGAUUCAAUAUUAUUUGCGUUCAUUUUAUCGUCGGUCACCGCUCAAACCUUCCCGGUGGCGUUCACUCUAUCGUUCAUACAUUCGUAUUUCGUUUAUUCUUACUGUUUCAUCGUUUCUUUUUGUAAUAUUUCAUGCAAUAUCAAUCAUUCAAUUGAAUGAUGCUGAAUCCGAUCUAUCCGAUAUCAUUAUUUCAUUAACGAGUACUCAUGCACGAUUUCACUGUGAACUGCCAUUGGCCAUACAUUCAUUAUUAUGUCAAAAACAAUUACCAAAACAAAUUCGUAUUUAUUUAUCACCUACUUUUGAAAUUACAAAACACAAAAAUUUAACAUUAUCACAUUUAAAAUUGUCUGUACAACGUCUCGAUCCAUCAAAACCGAUUGCUAGACUAUUCGAUAGAUUAGUACAGAUUCGAUUAGAAGAAGAAGAUUAUGGUCCAGGAACGAAAUUUCUUUCAAUCAUUAAAGAAUUUUCUUCUAAAUCACAAAUUAUCAUGAUUUGUGAUGAUGAUUAUUACUAUCAUCCAUUUACAGUAAGUACAUUAAUGGAAUAUUCACAUCAAUUUCCAAAUAGUAUUAUUGGCUUAAGAGGUUGGCGAAUUCGUGAAGAUCUAACGUGGGGUGUAGCUGGUAAAUAUGAAAUGGCCUAUCAUAUUAUCGAAUCGUAUUUUAUUUCUGACGUUUAUCGUGUUGGUGUCAUUACAGCUAAUGCUGCUUAUUUAAUUCGUCCAUCGUUUUUCAAUGCUGAUAUCUACGCUGCUUUCAAUCAAGCUCCUAACGAUAUUCGUCAUGUCGAUGAUAUUUGGUUAAGUGGUCAAGCAGCAAAACAAAAUAUAGCACGCUAUGUGGUUCCAUCAUGUUGUUCACAUAUUGAUAUUACUCGUACUCAUGUACUAGAAGAAUAUUUAGUAAAGAAUAGCAUGAGUCGACGGUCAGCUAAUAAUCGUGCAUUGCAGUGGUUUAAUCAAAGUUGGGAGAACUAUUUAUGGUAUAGAUUUAACGGAGAAAAUGCACCAAAAUAUCGCAGUUGGCGAGUUUUAUUCUAUCGAGAAUGGGUUAGUUUAUUGUUACAAUUUAAAUUUAAUGUGUAUUUCGGUUCUAUAUGA